AUGAGAUAUCUACUGACUGAGAAAGUUCCUAAACGUGCCCUUACCUUUCCUUGCCCUGCGUUCAAGUUUAGCGCCUCCAUAUGGAUCUUCUCUCUUCAACGGUCGAUGAUCAGAACCUUUUCUCCCCACCGAUCGGCGAUUUCAGCCACUGCACCUGUACCGAUCGAAGAUAUCUUCUCAUCAGGUUCGAAGGAAAAUCAAAACUCCCAUUCUCAAUCGACCUCUAGGCAAGUGUUUGGGUGCGACUUGUGGUUGAACUCCAUGGACUCCGACGUGACGAUGGUACCCGCCGGUGAAGGAUCUAGUCUUCCAGGACCUUCUUCCUCUUCAAAGAAACCAAAGCGUUUCGAAAUCAAGAAAUGGAAUGCCGUCUCUCUCUGGGCUUGGGAUAUUGUGGUUGAUAAUUGCGCGAUCUGCAGAAAUCACAUCAUGGAUCUGUGUAUCGAAUGCCAGGCUAAUCAGGCAAGCGCCACCAGCGAGGAGUGUACUGUUGCUUGGGGUGUCUGCAACCAUGCUUUUCACUUUCACUGCAUUAGCCGCUGGCUCAAGACUCGUCAAGUGUGCCCUCUUGACAACAGUGAGUGGGAGUUCCAGAAAUAUGGUCAUUAGAGGUAAAUUUGGAAAGUUACUGGAAGGGACACAUUAGGCUGCUGCUUUGCUAUGCUUUGUUUCCCUUUUUUGUAACAUCAUUUGAUCCCAGGAUUUUGGAUUAGUACAACAAACAUGUGUGCAGAUUCGUGAAACUGUGUAUCUCUUAAGGAAAUAUUGUCUGCUUCUUUUUAUUAUGGAAUUGCUUCUUAUCGACCAUUACUUUCUCUUUUAUUGUGAUCUUAUACACUCAUAAAGGACUACCUUUGUUUGAAUUAUCACACCAUUUGUUCCAAAAAAGUAUGAUAUUUUAUUGCAGUGUUGACUUAUAGCAAG